AUCCCUAAUGAGAACUAAGAAUUCUUUACUUGAAAAAAAAGCCACAUCAAGCUCAAAGACGAAGAAACACCAGUGAACACAGAACACACCUUGGGCGGCAUGGAUCCACAGCUAACGGAGGUCUCGCAGCUAUUCGAGAGAUUCAAAGCGGCAUGUGUGCGAGAGGAUGUCGACACUGGCAGCAAUCUGCUUUCUAAGCUCAAGGUCAUGUUGACAGGAUUUCGAAGCCUGCCACCGUUGUUUGAAGAUACGCCUAAUGCUAUUCAUGAAUUGACAUUAGCAAGGGAUAUAUAUGAGCAUGCCGUUCUUCUAAGUGUGAAGAUUGGGGAUCAGGAUGCCUUUGAAAGAGAUUUCUUUCAAUUGAAGCCAUAUUAUACAGAUGCCAGUGGCCGUCUCCCCCCAUCUUCCCAGGAGUACAUGAUCUUAGGUCUCAACCUCUUGAGACUCCUAGUGCAGAAUAGAAUUGCUGAAUUCCACACUGAACUAGAACUGCUUUCACCUACUGCUUUGGAAAAUCCUUGCAUCAAGCAUGCUGUGGAGUUGGAGCAAUCAUUCAUGGAAGGAGCUUACAACCGUGUGUUGAGUGCAAAACAAACUGUGCCAUACAAAACCUAUGAUUAUUUUAUGGAUCUUUUGGCAAAGACAGUAAGGGAUGAAAUAGCUGGAUGCAGUGAGAAGGCAUAUGACUAUCUUUCCAUUAGUGAUGCCCGCCAAACGUUGCUAUUCUCUUCUGAUGAUGAACUGUUGCAGUACAUUAACGAGGAGCAUCCUGAGUGGGAGAUAAAGAAUGGUGUAGUGAUUUUCCAGAAGGCAAAAGAAUCUGCCCCUUGCAAGGAAAUACCAUCUCUACAACUCAUCAAUCAGACUCUGAGUUAUGCAAGAGAGUUGGAGCGAAUUGUGUAGAGAGAUUUGCUACCAAUGGCUGUGGUUGAAAAAGUGCAAAAUGAAAACCGUUCUCCUUGAGGAUAAACAUAUUUCUUAUUUAUAUUUCAAUUUGGUCAUUCCAGUAACACAAUUUGGUCAUUAUGGCAGCUGCUCCUUCACCCCAACACCAACACCACCACCCCCCACCCCCACACCACAACCCAACCCCCCACUCCCUCCACCCCCAACACCAAUCUCUUGGUAAUGCCUUCAUUUUUAACGCUCAAGUAUCUUGUACUUUUAAACCAAAUUUAGACUGCAUUUUUUUUCUUACUGUUAGCGUCAAAUUUAAAGACAUGGCAACUUCUUGAUUAGAGAAUUGGGGAAUGGUUAGUAACUUAAUGUAUGGCCAUCAUUUGUUAUUAUGUAUUUUGGCAUAUUGUCAUGACUUUGAGCACCAAUUUUACCAUUGGGUUUAAUUCUUGA